UCCGGGCUACAGUAGCUAGCAGUUGCUGUUAGCUUUCCCUCCAAACAGCGCGGCGUUUACUUUGCUUCGCGUGUAUUUCUCCUUGCUUUUGAUAUAUUUAUAUUAGAGUUACAGCGGAUAGAUAGCGGAUCCUUCCUUCCAUCUUCUCCUCCGUUUCUCUUCCAGGUGAGAGUCUGUUGUUCUUCUGAGAGAUGGACGGAGAGGAGGAAGACUUCAUGUCGGCUAGCCAUUCCGAUGACGGAGGCGGUACUCCGGUAAUGGAUGAACACCCGGCAUCAGACGGAGAGGAGGCGAGGAGCGACAAACAUCACUCUGAGGACGACGGCAGCAACGACGAGGACGCCGGUCACCCCAUGGAGACGAGCGGAGCGGCCAGCGGCUCCGACAACGACGACCGCCGCGUUGCCGACAGCGACUCGGAGGCCGAGGCCCCCAGGGGCGACAGAAGCGACUCUGAGGCAGAAGCCCCGAGGCCCGCCGACAGCGACGACGACUCGCCCGCCAAACGCAGAGCGAGCGGCUCCGACAACGAGGAGUCGCCGGUUAAACGCGCCGCCUCGGACAACGAGGAGGGGGAGGGGUCGCCGCCACCCGCCAAACGCAGGGGGAGCAGCUCGGACGUGGAGGACAGCGAGGACAGACCCAAACCCGCCGUAGACAGCGACUCAGAUAACGAGGAAGCCAAACCCGCCGCGUCCGCCGGCCGCAGAUCCAACGACAGUGACUCUGACACAGAGAUGCCCGCCAGACGCAAGGCGGCACAGAUAGACUCUGACGAUGAAGAGGAGGGUGAGAAACAGAAGGUGGAUGAAGAGGGAGAGGGAGGAGGAGGAGGGAAGUGGAAGGCUGUGAUGCACUCCGACAGCGAGGAAGAGGAGGAGGGACAGAGGACGAAGGCUGCAGCAGGAAGUGACGGAGAGCAGCAGGACGAGGAGAAGAAGAAGAGAGUUGCUGACGACAGCGACGAUGAGGAAGAUAAGCCAGUGAAGAGGAAGAAGGCCGUGCUCUCAGACAGUGAUGAUGAUGAUGAAGAGAAGGCGAAUAAACCAGUGAAGAGGAGCCGGGCCGUGUCGGACGACGAGAACUCGGACAGCGACGGCGGCUCGGAGGCCGGCGGCCCCGAUAAGAGUCUGGCGGCUAAACUGAGAGAGCUGGGCUCCGACAGCGAGAGCGAGGACGAGAGGUCGAAGGUCAACGCCGGCAACAAGGACGAGAAGGCGCUGUUCGGCAGCGACAGCGAAUCAGGAGACGAGGAGGAAAAAAUGAUCGCAGACAUUUUCGGAGAGUCUGGAGACGAAGAGGGAGAAGAAUUCACAGGCUUCAACCAGGAGGACCUGGAUGGAGACAAGAAGGAGGCGCAGCUGAAGCAGCAGCAGAUGCAGGAAGACUCCGACUCUGACGAAGGUGUCGACCGCAGCGGACAAGACACCAGCUUCAUGUCAGACUUCGACAUCAUGCUCGCUAAGAAGAAAGCGAUGAACGGUAAGAGGAGGCGGCAUCGUGACGGCGGGACGUUCAUCAGCGACGCCGACGACGUCGUCAGCGCCAUGAUCAUGAAGAUGACCGAGGCUGCAGAGGAGGAUCGAACUCUGAACAGUCAGAAGAAACCAGCGCUGAAGAAGCUGUCUCUGCUGGGUCAGGUCGUCAUGCACCUGAAGAAGCAGGACUUAAAGGAGACGUUUAUCGACAGCGGCGUGAUGUCGGCCAUCAAAGAGUGGAUCAGUCCUCUUCCCGAUAAAUCACUGCCUGCUCUCAGAAUCAGAGAGGAGCUUCUCAGGAUCCUACAGGAGCUUCCCAGCGUGAGUCAGGAGACGCUGAAGCACAGCGGGAUCGGACGAGCCGUCAUGUUCCUGUACAAACAUCCCAAAGAGUCCCGAUCCAACAAAGACCUCGCCCUCAAACUCAUCAACGAGUGGUCGCGGCCGAUCUUCGGUUUGACGUCCAACUACAAAGGAAUGACGAGAGAAGAGAGACAGCAGAGAGAUCUGGACCAGCAGAUGCCUCAGAGACGGAGACUCAGUUCGGGGGGGCAGACGCCUCGCAGAGAUCUGGAGAAACAGCUGACUGGAGAAGAAAAAGCUCUGCGGCCCGGUGAUCCCGGCUUCUGCGCCCGAGCUCGAGUGCCGAUGCCUUCAAACAAAGACUACGUGGUUCGACCCAAGUGGAACGUAGAGAUGGAGUCUAACAGACAGGGUCCCAUGAAGAAAGGAAUGACCCGUGUUGAUAAGCAGCUGCGUAGAUUCGCAGACAUCCGCCGCCUGACGAAGCCGGGUCACGCCGUCAAGAUCAGCGUGGAGGGAAACCGGAUGCCGCUCUGAUUUUAAAACAAACCUCCAUCAUAGGAUUCAUUCUCUUCUUUCUUCUAUUUUUUUUUUCUUCUUUUUUUAAUGUUUUUGGUCCUCUGAAAGUCACGAAGCUGUUUGACUUUAAAUUAAGAGGAAAAGUCGUCUGAUCUGAAACAAAACAUCAGCUCCACGAUCCCAAAACCAAGCUUAAAGUCCGCUGCGUUGACUUCAACCCUUUAAACUCAAACAUGAUGUCAUUCACUCUUUCAUAGAGACGCUGAGACUCUUACAUCUUUAUAUAUUUAAAAUAAAGAUCAUGUUGCUUCUCUGCCUAAAUAAAUAAAAUAAAAAGGUAAAAAUGUGACUUUUUAUGUCACAGUUUGACUUCAGCGUGUUUAGAAAUGUGCUGAAAGUCUUUAAGGAGUCUCAUGAAGCGUUUCCAUGGAGAUUAAUUGACUUAACGAGUUUUGUUUGUAGAGAUGGAUUCAACGCAGCUGAUCUGAGGUCGUUUUGUUUUUCACUAGUUAAGAACAAAACCUUCCCCCCCCCCCCCCCCCCCCCCCCCCCCCCAGGUUCCCCCCACACUCUGUCUCUGAAUGUGAAGGUGUUUGUAUUUUUGCUAAUAGGCCUCAGACCUCCUCUUCCUCCUCCUCUUCCUCUCUGCUCCCGUUAGAGGCUGCACAGGAACAAGAUUGUCAAACUGUCUGCAGGGUCGAGUUCACACAGACGACACAGUGACUCUGCUCCCAUCUGACUCUGUGUGUGUGUGUGUGUGUGUGUGUGUGUCAUGUGAUGAUGAUGAUGAUGAUGAUGAUGUCAGGUCGGGUUCAGGGUCAGUCUGUUGGUGGAUCGGCUCGUCUUGUCUGCACUGUUCUGGAUCAGAUGAAACUUUUCUUAAUAAAGACUCAAAGACACAAA